AUGCAACGAUGGCCGCGGCGCCUUCGCGCGUUGUGGCCACGACGCGGCAGAUGUUUCAGCUGUCGCAGCAGUCCUGAACGAUUCAGUGUCCGGUGUGGCUCGGCCGGUCACGUAACAGUCGACCUCUUCAAUCGGCCCGAAGGCUCUCCCGAAAGCGCACUCCUGCUUCACAUCCCGCCCUUCCCAUGCAGCGAUGGAGCUGCCGCCAGCCUGCCCGAGUUCCUCCAGCACUUGCCCGUUGCCAGCAUCAACUAUCGGUGGGGACCAACGUCACUGGUCGCCGGCCAUGAAGAGGGCAUGAUCCCUCGACCGUUUCUUUGGCCGACACCGAUCCAUGACGUAGCCAUCGCCUACGCCUGGCUCGUCGAGAAACUGGCGCCACCGGGGAACUCUAGACGGAACAUUUACGUCUACGGAUCUCACCUUGGCGCAUCGUUGGCUACCUCACUAUCCCUGACGGAGGCACACACUCACGCCAGGUUCGGCAUCAGGGGCCUCGUCACCUACAACGGCAUCUACAACUGGACAAUGUUUCUGCCGGAUCAUCGGGUCAACAAACGGCAGAAAAAAGGCCAGGCGAUAAUUCCGCCUCCGCAACCCGCCGAGGGCUCCCACCUCCACAAUUUGCAGCAAGAAAUGCCUAGGCUGUUCGAAGACCCCUCCCAACUGUUUGAUUCGUUCGCAAGCCCGAGCCUAUUCUUUCACAGCCCGGGCUUGCAUGUGCCUCGAUCAUUUUCCAUGUCGACGGAAGACACUGCGAGAAUCGACGCCUUGGCUGCGGGCGAAGAGAUUGCCGAUUCCAGUCUGAUGAUGAAAGCACCGAGAAAAUCACACAUGAUCUUCCCUCCUCGCAGCUCAACGCUCAAGAUUCCCGAAACGCUUCUCCUGCACGAUUCAGAUCCCCUUGCACUCGUCCCGCUCAAGACCAAGAGCGGCCGGGCGGCAAAGCGUGCGAGGGCAAAGGGAAACACGUUUGGGGCGCAAGCCGAAGAGCUCGCCGAGCUGAUGAGGCGCAGUAUCGAAGUCGUCGAGUUGAAACAGCGCCGCAAAUGGGAUGAAGAUAUGCAUUUCAAAGAGGACGAAGCCCGGCGUAGGGUGCAGGUAGUUGAUGUAGGAUCCGAAACGGCAAGCACCAACCUCGGCGUCGAUGGGAGGGACGUUGCCACUGCCUGGCUACAACAUAGGCUUUCGUGA